AUGCACGCGACACGAUCUAUGCCUUCCCUCCCUGUACCUUCACUCGUCGUACCUCCCGUUCCCGUUCUUCCUACAUCCAUCUCUGACUUUGGUCCAGCCACCACCGCCACACCGUCACGUCCAUCCUCGCCUCCCCCACCGUCAUACGAUGAGACCAUUUUCCAGAUUUUCACUGCUAUGGAAUCCCUUACAACAUCCGAUUCACACCCUUCAUCUGCUCCUACACCUGCCGGACAAAUACAGAAUUCGAGGGAAAGCACGAAUACAAGAGAAGCAGCUACGACACCGACUUCAGUGCCGAUGGUGCCAACUCCAUCAACGCUCGAAUGUUCGCUGUGCCUCGACCGAGAGGAUAACCUCAGUUCACUUGCGUGUGGACAUAUCUUUGGGACAGAAUGCAUUCGCGAAGCCCUACAAGACGACUCACAUUGCCCCCUAUGUCGAAACGAAGCUUCAAUAAAGGACCUUCGGAGGGUCUUCCUCACUUGA